UCCGUGUGAAUGGAGUUUGAGGCACGUGCUCUCGCUUGUGCGGCCAAGACGGUAAGGUGUGAGGUUAGUGCCAUAGCACGUAAAGUUCUAUGGAAGAUAAUCAACACACAGGAUUCUUUUACAAAUUUUAAUCUUGUCAUUGACAAUAUAACCCCGCCAAAUUUCAAGAAUGGACACGUUGGCGCCGGGAAAUUUGACGGGUUCGCAGCGCGAAGAAUUGAUGCAGCAAGUGAAACAUCAAAUGGCAAUAGCCAAUGCCCAAGAAUUGCUCACGAGAAUUACGGAAAAAUGUUUUAAAAAGUGCAUAAGCAAGCCGGGCACCUCGCUGGACACUUCGGAGCAGAAAUGCAUAGCAAUGUGUAUGGAUCGAUACAUGGAUUCUUUUAAUCUCAUAUCAAAAACAUAUGGUGAACGAAUCCAAAGAGAACGCAAUAGACUGUAAAUAUAAAAAUUCAUGAAAAUAUAUUGUUAUUUGGUAUCCAGACUGUCAUUUAAUGGCACAAUCAAUGGAUCAUAUAGUGUUCAUUAGUUAUUACAGAUGUAUUUUUUUUUAUACGAAAUUCAUACAAAAAGUAUGAAGUUCAUAAACAGCGAAAUAUAAUACAUUAUCAUUAUUUUUCACAUGAGAAAUUGAAUAUAAUAUACUACUGUAAAUUAUGUACGAUACAAUUAAAAUACACUUGUAAUAUAAUAUGUCGCUAUCUAAGAUUAAAAAAAUACAGAAGCUGAAUUACUUUAUUAUAAAGUGUAUAAUUACAUAUUUUAUGUAGUAAUAAAAAUAUCUUUGUUAAUGCUAUCAAGAAAUACACACAAUGCCUAUCGUUAUAACAAUUGUAAUGGAACAAGCUAUCUUUAUAGGAGCGUAAAUUAAUGAAAAAAAAAAGUAGACAAUUGCAAAAGAGAAAAAUUUUUAUAAAAUAAAUAACAUAUACAUGUGUGUGUUGAAUACAUAUUAUUACAUCAUUACUUGAAAAUCAUAAAUAAGUAACAUAAGUAUUUUGUAAAACCCACAAUAUCCCACAGUAUUCUUAUAUAUUUUUGCAUUCUUUAUAAUUAUCUCAUACACACUAAAAGGCACGGUAUAGCUACCAAUAUUUCAACGUGGUUACAAAAUAAUUAUCUGCGACCAUGAUAUUAUAGAGAAGUACUGUAUAAAGCAGGUUAUUAUCAUUAUUAUUAAUACUUUGUUUGCAUGAAAUUUCAAACUGUGGAUUAUGAAUAACUAUGACUACAGUUACCUACUUAUCUAUCCCGAAAAUAUCGAGCCUGUCACUCCAUUAAAUGUGCAUUUAAACACCACUAUGUUUUAUAUACCUACAUACAUUUCUUGUAAUAAAAUUAUUACUUGAUUUAAUAUAUUAGUUGUGUGUAUCGGAUAUGUUCUUCUCGUAAAAGCUGCGUCAAACAACAGUGUACAUCAAAAGAAGAUAUUACUGAUCCCCAAGUGUAAAUAAAUACAGUCAAAAGCACAUUAUGGAAAGUAUUGCAAAUAGUUUGCAUGUUAAUAGCAUCUUCAAAAAUUUUAAUCAUAGUAUUUAAGCAGUUUUUAGAUAUCUAUGUUACAAACGAACGAUGGAAAAAAAAGGGAAAAAAAAGAAAAGAAAGAAAGAAAAAACAAGAAGAGAGAAAAAUAAAGAUGUACAAAAAAGAUAUGUAAGCAACAUAUAAUCUAAAUAUACUGUCGUCCUACAAUUAAACGAAGUCUUUAAGAGUCACAUAAAUAGAGAUGUCCGCGCAUACCCUGUAAUCAAUUCCAUUAAUUUUAAGAACUUCCUGCAUGUUGCUUCGAGAAUUCAAAUAAACCUCUGUAAUUGUUCUUGCAGUGAAUAUAUAAAAUGCUCCUUAAAUUACUCUCUUACAGUCUACGAGAAAUACUUAUAUGUAAACGUGCUUGCUAAUGGUAACAAUGCAACGACUAUCUUAGUAACAAUGGAAUGUAUCUAUCUUCUAGAUUAUACAGAGUAUAGGAAUGUUCAAAUGCAGUCCUGAAUCCCGUUCUUUGUAAAAUUGUGUAUCGAUAAUAGAAUGUAACCACGCUGAUUGGCCACAGGAAUACACCUGUUGGUUUGUUUUUUCUUUAAUAUAUAUUAUCGGGAUAAAUGGCAGUUCGAACUAAGUGAUUCCGUUACUGUGUAUGAGUAAUCGCUAUCAAAAUAAACAUUUAUCUCGCAACAUUUAUGUUGAACAUGACAAUUUAUAAAUAUAUAUAGUGUAGAGCAGUAAUAAUUAAAUACAGUAUUAUACAGGUAUGUAGUAAAAAAUGCUGCAAGUAUUUGAGCACAGUAUUUCUUUGAUAAUUCGUCAUUAACAUCUAAAUUGUUGUGACAAAUACUAUUCGGUUUUGCUGAAUUAAACGUUACCUAAAUGACGGAAUUUCUUCGUUCGAACCAGACAAUUUCUAAUAUCGAUAAUAUUAAUAGCCAUCAAUGAAAAUUCUUUUGUGUAAAGCUGGCUGUGGCUAUACAUUUUUUACAAAAAGAUUUUGAUUUGUCAAGCAUUUAAUUGAUCCACCUUGAGUUGUACUUCAUUAUUGCAUCUUAUAUGAGGAAGUCACAAAAUAUCCGCAUUAUAUGUUUUUCUUUCUUUUCAAUUGGAAUUGGAAUUAAUAUUCUAAUCUUUUUCGAAAAUUAAUAUUCUAAUCUAUAGCUUUCACUAAUUAUAAUUUCCUGCGAAUCAUAGAUGCAAGAAAAUAUAUAAGCACCUAACUUUUUUUUCUUUUUUCUUAGAUAAUGUUAACUCUCAUAAAUAAGUUUUUAGCUUCAAACACUUAGCACCAUUAUGUUCGAAAAAAUAAUUUGAUGGAUUUUUUAGGCAAUCCAUUUCUAGACGGACGAUUUCCUGAUAUUGUUAUAAUAUCAUAUCUUUAUAUAAAUGAGGUAAUGGACAAUGUUCAGUCAUAAAAUUAAGGACAAAGAUAUUUCAGUAAACACAAUAAAAUGCUAACAGAUUUCCUAAAAAA